AUUGAUUUUUUAGACAUGUAUUUUGACGUUGAAAAUAUUGGACCUACUGUUGAGCGUCAUACUCGUCAUUGUUGUGCAAACUGUCAUUACUAUGAUGAUAAAGAGAUGAGAAUUAUACUGGUAGGUGAAGACUGUCGACAGAACAAACAACUUGUUGAAGCUGUCAAGAAACUAGAUUGUGAGGAGUUUGAGUCUGAAACUGGGUGUGAAUAUAUCGAAGAUGCCUCUGAAUAUGAUCUUGUAUUUGUACUGUCCAAGUUCAAAGGUGAAGUGUUUGACAAAUUACACAAAGCUGAUGUCAGGAUCGUUGGACCACCUGUCAUCAUAAGAUGUGCCAGAGAUAACAUACCCAUUCCAUACAACUCCAGACCUCAGUAUUGUUUCUCAAUGUUAGGUCUUAAAGUAUGCUUUUCAGGAUUUAAGGAAAAGGCUGAUCUGUGUCAUUUUGUAGAUCUGGUACAUUAUAUGGCAGGGAAUGUGAGACGAGAUUUCAAAAGUAAUGUUACACAUGUGGUAGCUAAUGUGAUUGGUGGAGAAAAAUAUGAGUAUGCAGUUGGGUUAGGGACACCAAUAAUGAGUAGGGACUGGUUGAACCGUGUGUGGACAGAAAGAGACCAGAUAGAUUUUAGAGCUGAUGAUCAAAGUGUGAUGAAGUACAAGUUGGCGCCAUUUUACAAGAGGUGUUUAAGUUUUCUUGGUUUCUCCAAAGAUGAACAAAACCAUAUGGAAGAAGUCACUAUAGAAAACGGUGGAACGUUUGCCAAUGUUGGUGAGGAGGAGUGCACACAUCUUAUUAUAGAUGAAGCCGUGAAAGAAUUACCUACAGAUAUCAUGCUACCAAAACAUGUUGUCAAGGGAGAGUGGUUUUGGGCAUGUAUACAGAUGGAGGCUUGUGCUGCUGAAAAAAUGUACACAUUUCAGAAGGGGGAACCAAUAUCAAAUCUGUUUACACCAAGCACAAAUAUGUCUGGUACCAAGUCGAGGAAAAGGAAGAGAUUGAAAGAGAAUAUUGCCCAGCUAGCAUCAGACGAGGAGCUUGAAUCUCCACUUUAUAAUAAACGUAGGUCCAGUGAUAUGGGAGGUAUUAUCAGUCCGAACUCGUUCCUCGAUGCUUCAAAUACACCAGAUAUCUCCGAUAUUAAUAUAAAAACAGAACAGAUGAUUUCACCUUUGAACUCCCCAGUUUUGAUGAGUUGUGAUCUAAAUGAUAAAGAAGUUAUAAAGGUGACGCCAAGGCUACAGGUUGUGAAAGAGUUUCUACAGACAGAGAAAAAUUAUGUUGGCAUUUUGCAUACACUUCUGAAUACAUUUAAGUCACAGAUUGAAACACAAGACCAAUAUAAUGGUGCUAUAUUGGCAGCACCAGAUAUCAAGUUAAUAUUUGGAAACAUUCCACCUAUAUAUAACAUACAUUGUUCAAUACGUGAUGAACUAACGGAAAUGGUCGAUGAUUGGCAAGAAGAGCACUUAGUUGGCAGCGUGAUUAGUAAACAUGCCGAUGAGUUAGUAAAAGCAUAUCCUCCAUUUGUUAAUUUCUUUGAGGACACAAAAGAGAGAAUACAAAAAUGUGAUAAAACUAACCCCAGGUUUCAUGCUUUCUUAAAGGUAUGUCAAACAAAACCAGAAUGUGGAAGACAGACCCUGACAGAGUUGUUGAUUCGACCUGUACAAAGAUUACCCAGUGUCACUCUGCUGUUAAAUGAUAUUUUAAAGCACACAAAUAAAUCAAACCCUGAUUACCAAGAGUUGGAGAAAGCUAACAGUGUAUUGAAGGAAGUUAUGACACAUAUCAAUGAAGAUAAGAGGAAAACAGAGAGCCAGGUUGUGAUGUUUGACAUUGUCAAAGAUAUUGAAAACUGUCCCGCUACAUUAUUAUCGUCACACAGAUUUUUUAUUAGCCGAGUAGAUGUGAUAGAAUUGUCAGAAACUUUGUGUGAGCGGGGAGCACCUCUUGCCUUGUUUCUAUUCUCAGAUAGUGUUGUGAUAUGUAAAAGAAGAACAAAAGUGCUAAACUCUAAGAGUCCAGCUUCAUCAAAGACGCCACAGAAAGGUUACAAACAUAUAGAGUUUGUACAGCUACAGUGUGUUAAACGUGUGCUAGACAUUGUUGAAUCAGAAAACUGUAAAGAUGCCUUUGGACUUAUUGUGAAAAAUAGUGGUGAAAUGAAGGAGAAGUUGUUUACAUUUAUGAUAGAUACUGAGGAUAUGGAUAAAACUAACUUUAUAACACAGGUGUCUAGGUCUAUAGCUAAUACACUUUGUAGAACAGACCAUGACAAUUUGAUAUUCACUGUGGAAGGGGAUCAGCUACAAAUUAACACAUUAGAUUUAGGCAACCAGACAUUUGGCAAGGCUGCAAGCAGAUUCAGUAGAAGAGUGAGUCGGGCAUUCUCGUUCAAUAAAACUCCAAGACGUAUCAAACGAGCAGUGUCUCACGUGUUCAGUCCAUUUGUCAAGGACAAUCCAAGGGAGUUUACUCCGGGAAAUUUAAGAGGGAAACGACUGGCCAGUAGCAUUGAUCUUACAGAGGACAGCAUCAGUCUAGGAAACUUUUAUGAUGACAGUGACACUUUAAGUCUUGGUGCUUUCUCAAUGAAAGAUCCGCUAGAUUGACAAUAUAGAAGGCAGCGUCGGUUUCUAACAGCCAGACUUACAAGUCAAGUUAAAUACAGGCGAUGCAUUAGUAUGCCGGUCAUUAGAGAAUCUGCUGUGUAGACAUGUAUAUCACAUGGGGGUAAAUCUGGGACUACUUUUUUACUACCAUUUGGCAAGAGGAAAACACAUGCUGUAUAAUGACAAUAGCAGUUCAAUGUGAUAUUUGUUUUCUGAAACUGAUGGCAAAAUGUGUAAAAAUAGAAGAUUUUUUAUUUAUACUAGGAAAAAGACAUUUUGCAUUGUUAGAAAACAUAUUUCAGUGUAUUUUGUUUCUGUAUACAACCUUUUUAUAGGUGCAGAAACUUAGAUCCUGUGUUAAAUAAGCAUUUAUUUUCAGACUUUGAAAUGUAAGGUAUACAUGGUCAGGACCAAUAACUUGUGUGCAAAUUUUCAAAUCAUUUGCACACUCAGUUUUUCCAGAUAAAUAAUUCUAAUUGUGAAAAAUGGACCAAAAUUGAAAGGGCUAAAAAUAGCAGAAAAGUAUGAUUUUCAAUUGAUUUCAAUGUUUAUUUCUUAAUUAUUAUUUGCAUAUCUUUCUGUGUGUUUUUUGCGCCCCAAAUGUAAGAAAUUCAAAUUUCAUGUAUUUGGGCUUUUGGGUUUCAAUGGAGUUUCUUUAAUGUAAACUUUAUUCAACUUUAACAUAAUGCCUGUAUGUCAUUAAUUUCAUUCCGGAUUAUACUCGUAUACAAUGUGAAGUUUCUGUCCGACUGGUGGUAUUUGUGCAUUCGAUACCUGUAGGAAUAAUAACAAAAAAAUGUGGUAUUAUAAAAUGCUAUAUUACAUUUGUUAAAUUGUAGCCAUAAAUUCAACAGAAUAGUACAUGUUAAAGAAUAUUGGUGCUUUUAACCCAUAUAUGUGCCAUUGUAUAAUUAAUCAUAUAUACAUGUACGCUUGUCUAAAUAUAGACAUGUAGUCAUUUAUGUUUAUAUUACAUGUAUACCUUAAUUAAUCUUUAUGCAUUCCAAAAUAUACGUAACUUAAAAUACUUAUGUUGAUGGCUGAAUUUUUUUAUUAUACCCCCAAAAACGAAGUUUGGGGGGGGGUAUAUAGGAGUCACCCGGUGGUCGGUCGGUCCAGACGUCCGUUGCAUUUUCCUUGUCCGGAGCAUAACUUGAAGACUAAUGGUUGGAAUUCAAUAUAACUACAUACAAUGGUCAAGCACAUUGAGAGGAAGUGCAGUGCACAAGAACCAUAACUCUAUCUUGACUAAUUACAGAGUUAUUGCCCUUUGUUACUUUUCCUUGUCCAGAGCAUAACUUGAAAACUACUGGUUGGAAUUCAAAACAACUUCAUACAAUUGUCAAACACAAUAAGGGGAAGUGCAGUGCACAAGAACCAUAACUCUAUCUAAAGUAAUUACAGAGUUAUUGCCCUUUGUUAUUUUUCCAUUGCUUUCUUUUGUCCGGACCAUAACUUGAAGACUAAUGGUUGGAAUUCAAUAUAACUACAUACAAUGGUCAAGCACAUUGAGAGGAAGUGCAGUACACAAGAACCAUAACUCUAUCUUGACUAAUUACAGAGUUACUGCCCUUUGUUACUUUUCCUUGUCUGGGGCAUAACUUGAAAACUACUGGUUGGAAUUCAAAACAACUUUAUACAAUUGUCAAACACAGUAAGGGGAAGUGCAGUGCAUAAGAACCAUAACUCUAUGUAAAGUAUUUACAGAGUUAUUGCCCUUUGUUACUUUUCCAUUGCUUUUGUCCGGACCAUAACUUGAAGACUAAUUGUUGGAAUUCAUUAUAACUUCAUACAAUGGUCAAGCACAUUGAGAGGAAGUGCAGUGCACAAGAACCAUAACUCUAUCUUGACUAAUUACAGAGUUAUUGCCCUUUGUUACUUUUCCUUGUCUGGGGCAUAACUUGAAAACUACUGGUUGGAAUUCAAAACAACUUCAUACAAUGGUCAAACACAAUUAGGGGAUGUGCAGUGCACAAGAGCCAUAAAUCCAUCUUGACUAAUUACAGAGUUAUUGCCCUUUGUUACUUUUCCAUUGCUUUCUUUUGUCCGGGCCAUAACUUGAAGACUAAUUGUUGGAAUUCAUUAUAACCUCAUACAAUGGUCAGGCACAUUGAGAGGAAGUGCAGUGCACAAGAACCAUAACUCCCUCUUGACUUAUUACAGAGUUACUGCCCUUUGUUACUUUUCCUUGUCCAGAGCAUGACUUGAAAACUACUGGUUGGAAUUCAAAACAACUUCAUACAAUGGUCAAACACAAUUAGGGGAUGUGCAGUGCACAAGAGGCCAUAACU